AUGAAGGGGACGCUGUGGACCGCGGUGCGCUGCUGGGUGCUGAUCGGCAGCAGCUUUCUUGUCUGGGCCCUUGCUGUGGAUGUGAUCGAGCCCAGCAUCAGUGUCGAUGCCGAAGGCACGCUGUUCAUCAAUGCCAGCAACCGCGUUGUGCUCAACGGCGUUGAUGUGCUGGAACGUCUCAAGUCUCUGACAGUCUUCAGUCCGAGCACGUUCAGGGGUUACACCAUCACCAGUGCCGCUGCCGGUGCCAGCUCGGCAUACGCGGCAGACCUGGACAAGGAUGGCCACCUCGAUGUCCUGAGCGCCAGCCACGAUGACGGCAAGAUUGCGUGGUACCACAACAACGGUAACGGUGCCUUUUCCGCGCAGAUGGUCAUCACGGAGGCCGCAAUCGGAGCGGCCUGCGUGCACGCAGCAGACCUGGACAACGACGGUCAUUCCGACGUUCUAAGCGCCAGCCAAAACGACGAUAAGAUUGCGUGGUACCGCAACCAUGGCAAUGGCACCUUUUCCACCCAGCGCGUCAUCACCGCAGAAGCCGACGGGGCCUGGUCGGUGUACGCGGCAGACUUGGACAAUGACGGUAACCUCGAUGUUCUCAGCGCCAGCCGGGACGACAACAAGAUCGCAUGGUACCAGAAUAAUGGCAACGGCACCUUUUCCAGCCAAAUUGUCAUCAGCACGACCUCGGGUACCGCGUUCUCCGUCUACGCGGCAGACUUGAACAACGACAGCUAUCCCGAUGUUCUCAGCGCAAACUCCGCCGACGGCGAUAAGAUUGCGUGGUACCGCAACAAUGGCAACGGAACCUUCUCCGACCAAAUUGUCAUCACCACCGCUGCCGAUGGUGCAUGCUCGGUGUACGCGGCAGACUUGGACAAUGACGGUGACCUCGACGUUCUCAGCGCCAGCCGGCACGACAACAAGAUUGCGUGGUACCGCAACCACGGCGACGGCAACUUUUCCACGCCGAUCGCCAUCACCACAGCCGCUGAAAGUGCAUUUUCGGUGUAUGCAGCGGACUUGGACAGCGAUGGCCAUGUCGAUGUCCUCAGCGCCAGCUAUGGCGACAAUACGAUUGCGUGGUACCGCAACAACGGUGACGGCUCCUUUUCCACCCGAAUUGUCAUCACGACCGCCGCCGACUUUGCGUGGUUUGCAUAUGCGGCGGACCUGGACAACGAUGGCGACCUCGACGUCCUCAGCGCCAGUCGAAACGACGACAGGAUUGCGUGGUACGCCAAUCAGUGGAGCGACAUGUUUUCUUAG